CCUGCCUGCCAGCGGAGACUGGGAGCUGCCCAUCUCUGCCUUGUCUCCUGUGCAGGCUGCCGUCCGUCUGGGAGAGCCGCUAGCAGAGGCUGCAGCUGCCCUAGGAGAGAGAGAGCUUCGAUCCCUCUGUCUCCUCUUCGCCACAGGCUGCCAUCCGCCUGGGAAAGCUGCAAAGACUGGGAGCUGCCCAUCUUUGUGCCUUGUCUUCUCCGCAGGCCGUCGUCCGUCUGGAAAGCUGUGCGCAGAGCCCAGGGCUGUGCUAGGAGAGAGCCUCUGAUUCCUCUGCCUUCUCAUCUUCGCAGGCUGCCAUCCAUCUGGGAAAGCUCCCCUGCCCGCCAGCAGAGACUGGAGGUGCCCAUCUCUGUGCCUUCUCCGCAGGCUGUCGUCCGUCUGGGAAAGCUGCCUUGCCGGCCAAUAAGAGACCGCUCCAGCGCUUGACAACAGCCGGCCAUCCAUCCAUCCCGGGGUAUGUGAAUCCUUCCCUCGGGGAUUGCCGCACCAGGAGUCUCGCGGGGAUCAGACGGCGCCAGCUCGCCAUGCCGGUGGAAACUCUCCAAGCCAGCCGUGCCAUGAGCACCGUGUCGGCCACGGCGCCUUUCACCUCCGCCAUGCCCUUCCGCAUCCUUAACAAGGGGCCCGAGUACUUUCGCCGGGCCCCGGCCAGCACCUCCCGCAAGCUCAGUGCCGUCGAACGCCUGGAAGCGGACAAAGCCAAGUACGUCAAGAGUCAACAGGUGGCCACCACCAAACAAGACCCCAUCCGGCCGUUGGUGCUCAAGCAGCCGCUCUUCACCCCAGGGGUCAGGCGGGCGAUCUUCACCCCCAACCGCAAGGUCCCUCAAGUGGGGCGGCGGGGAGAAGGUGGCGGCGGGCCCAAAUCCUCCCUCAAUUUGGAAAUCCUCAAUAACUUGAUCAAUUUUUGCGACAGCCCUCUCGCUUUUCCCAAACCGGACCGGAGCCCUUCGGACAGCCCGUGGCGAGCCAAGGUCCACAGCCGGAAUCUGGACAGCCUCCCUUCCACCCCUAAGAAGAAGCCCGCCACGGACAUGAGCAAACUCUCGCAAAGUUCGGCGGCUUCCAAGCCGUCCAGCACCGUGGCUGUCCGCCGGGUCGACGUCCGGCCCUGCGGGGUGUCGCCGGCCAGAGGUACCCCCGCCAUCCAACUGUCUCCACUCCCUGCUCCCCUGGCGCCCCCCCAAAACCUGCCUGCCACCCCUCUCAGCUGCCCCAGCCCAAGGGGAGAGCCGCGGACCGACAGCGCCAAGCCCCAGACCUUGUUACACCGGUCCAAAUCAGAUUUGAGCGACCGAUAUUCGCGUGCCACAGCCGACUUGGAACGCUUCUUCAACUACUGCGGUUUGGAUCCGGAGGACGUCGGCGACAUGGAGAUGGAGAGGUUCACUCGAGCCAGCUCGGACAUUGUGUCCAUCAAGUUCCACAGCGUCAGCACCAGCAGCUCGGUGGGGACCCACUCCCGGCGCAGCACCGUCACCGUGGAGGACAAGCAAGCCGAACGCAUGCCGUACGGGAUCUCCAUCAUUGAGCGCAACGCCCGGGUCAUUAAGUGGCUUUAUGGACUCCGACAGGCGAAGGAGGCGCAGAAGGUAUCCAACGUAUAG